GCGAACGGGGACGUGACGGUGUCGGUGCCCGACAGUUUCUACUUCGCUCUCAACGCGGGUUUGCGGUUCCUGACUCCUGAGGAGCAGUUCCUGGGCUGGGCCCCAGCGCCCUUUAACCUCCCAGCCUUCGACCCCCGUGACCUGGACAAAGCCCCCCAGCAGCUCCCCGAGGCUGAACUGGUGUCGGACGGGCCCGAGGUGCUGCUGACCGUCGGCUUCCCUGGGGCCGGCAAAUCCACUUUCGUGAAGCGGCACCUGGUCCCGGCAGGAUACGAAUACGUGAACAGGGACACGCUGGGCUCGUGGCAACGCUGCGUCUCCGCCUGCUCGGCCGCCCUGGCUCGCGGCCGCCCCGUUGUUGUGGACAACACCAACCCUGACCCCGAAUCGCGGCAAAGGUUCGUGUCCUGUGCCCAGGAGGCCGCGGUGCCAUGUCGGUGCCUCCAGUUCACGGCGAGCCUGGAGCAGGCGCGGCACAACUGCAGGUUCCGGGAUAUGACGCAGACCGGCCACGUCCCCGUCACUGACGCUGUUCUGUUCAGCUACAAGAAACAAUUUGUGGCCCCCGACCUCUCCGAAGGCUUCUCCCAAAUCCUCCAGAUCCCCUUUGUGCCCCAUUUUGGGGACCCCCCAGACCCCCAACGGAGGCGCCUCUUCUUCCAGUUCAGCGAUGGAUGAAGACCCCCACUGAACCCCCAAAUAAAGGCACUGCCCCUCCCCCCAUUUUUGGGA